AUGGCGGGAAGCAAAUAUUUCAUCACCUUCACACUAUUGAUCGCCUUCCUUUCCAUUUGGUUCUUCUACUUGAUCCACUAUCGUUUGGAGAAUUUUUCUCCCCAACCAAGAAGAGUCAUCUACAAUGAAGAAGGCUUUUGUGGUUUCGAUGGCAAGAAUUACAAAUCAUCCAAUCAUGAUGAUCGGAAUGAUACUACUGAUGAUCAAUCUACCACCCACAAUAAUAGCAAUCCUAAUAAUUUAUCAUCAUCAUCAAUUUUAAAUAUUAAUAUUAAUAAUAAUAAUAAUACAAAAUUAAUGAUGAAGAUGAUGCACAAGGGACCUUGUGGGAUUUGUUCCAAUUUACACGACUAUGAAGUGUACAAUAGAACACGACUCACACUCACAAGAACGGCAACAUUAUGUGCUGUUGGAUACUUGCUGUUGGGUGAGAGAGUUUCGAGGUAUUGUCUUUCGAGUCAGACUGGAAUGAGUGAGCUGUGUGUGGAGUGUUGGUUGCAGAAUAUUCAGUGCACCACUGCCAUGUGUAUGCCAGUGUGUGUGAAACAUUUUGUGAGGACGUAUUGGGAGAGGUUGGCGAUGGCUCUUGGAUUGGAUUCGAUUGGAGAGUAUUCAGCACAAUUUGGAAAGGAUAAUUUAUCACCUUGUUUCAAGUGUGAUGAGAUGGAGUGUGGAAAUGGAUUUAAGAAAUGUUCUGGAUUGAAUAGAAGAAAUGCUGGAUUUGAAACUGAUAUUCCAAGACCAGAUGAGCAAAUGUGGAAGGGCAAUUAA